AUGCAGGGAGUUCAACUUCCAGCCUUAACCAGUGUAAAUAGCAGCCGAAGUGUGAGUGAGAAUAAUGCACACACAGCCACUCCAGGUUGUGGAGAACUCACAGUUGUCCCAAUGCAGUCGGAAUUACAAGUGGCCCAACGGCCAGACACGUACUCGCCGCCAUCACGUCGCUCGCAGUUUGGUCCACUGGCGGUUUCUGAUGUUUGCCCAACAUGUCACCGACCACUGCGUGAGAAUAAUAUGAAAGAACCACAACCACCACCCACUAAGGAACGUUUUACCCCUCAGUACUUUCGGGCACUUAUUCAAAAUCAUGGAAAACAACUAACUAUAUGUGAUAGUCCAUCUUCGCAUAAUCUUUCUAUGCAGCAACAGCAGCAACAGCAGCAGUCGAUGGAUCCAUCCGCACGGAGACCAAGCAGACGGAAAACUAGACUUGAUCCCCUUAGUGAUGAGAAACAGGAAGAAAGUAUAGAUAGAUCAAAUGAAGAAGAUAUGACUCGUGAUGAUGCAACGACAGGUGGUAUUGGUACUUCAGGUAGUGGAGAUAUUAAUGGAUAUUAUAAACGUUAUUUCAGAGAAAUUCAAAAACUUGGUAAUGGUACCUUUGGUGGUGUUUAUCUUUGUCAACAUGUUAUGGAAGGUGUUGAACUUGGAUAUUUUGCGUUAAAGAAAAUUCCCGUUGGUGAUAAUACAGAAUACUUGCAGAAUGUUCUACGUGAGGUACGAAUAUUGGAAGAAGUCAAACGACAUCCUAAUGUUGUGGAGUAUAAUCACAGUUGGGUAGAUAUUGCUCAAACAGCAGAUUUUGGUCCCCCUGUUCGUUGUCUUUUUAUUUUAAUGGAAUAUGCAACUUUGGGAUCACUUGACUCCUAUCUUGAACGAUACGGAAAAGCACUGCCAACUAUAGCAGUGUGGUACUUUUUUUUAAGUGCAUUAGCAGGAACAGCUCAUUUACAUCAAAAGAAUAUCCUUCAUCGUGAUCUUAAACCACAGAAUCUUCUUCUUACAGGUCCAAUUGAGAAACCCCCAAGAGUUCUUGUAAGUGAUUUUGGAACUGCCACACUUCUUGGUGAAUUGUCGUAUGAACGGACUGGAGGAACGGGAACCAUGGAAUAUAUGGCACCUGAAUUGUUUGAAUGUGCCCCAGGAACAGAUGGAACUUAUAUACAUAUGCAUACAAAAGCAACAGAUGUAUGGUCUCUUGGUAUGAUUUUACAUUAUCUUGCCUGUGAUGGAACCUUGCCAGAGUCUUUACCUAAUGGAGAAGUGGUAUUAAAAAUAGAAGAACGUGCCCCAUACACCCGUCCUCCAGAAAUGGUAGAACUCAUUCGAGCUAUGCUGCAUCGUGAUCCAGAGAAACGUCCUACUUGUAAAGAUUUACUUGCAUCUACUGUGGUGAAAACAAUUUUACGUAGUUUUGAUAAAGCGAAUCUUUCAUCCGAUAUUCUUCCUACUGCCUCAGAGGCCACGACAACAACAACAACAGCUGUAUCUACGAACUCUCAUAGGAGUAAUGUGGGAACCAAACGAUCUUUUCAGGUGGAUUGGGUUCCCCGAAGUUCACCUACUAUGCAAUCAAGAAAAGCGAGUCAAGCGAAUGAAGAAGAUUUGGCGUAUCCACAUUCACCAGUGGUAGAAGUGCCUCUUAUGCUGCAGUACAAGACGCAAGAGACAAGACGUAUUGGAUCAGCAGGAGCUCGCGGUGCAAAUAAGGUACGCAAGGUAACUACGGUGGAGCGUGCAGUCCAGACGGAUGAUGUGAAAAUUGUAUACGAAUGA